GGUGUGAAGCUUCAGCCUAUUAGUUUCUCCAAUGUCAUCAAAUUACUUACGGAUCCUCAUUCGAUAACACUUCACAGUCGUCAUACUCAUGCCCUGCAAAGGCUAAUCAAGCAUUAUCAACAUGGAUUUCUUUUGAAGGACUUGGUGCAGGUUUUCAAGGUGCUGAAUGUGAUGGCUGAUAGGGUUUCAGAUUUGCCUCUGUACCUCACCCCUAUGAUAAACAUCCUGAAAAUUUGCAGGUUAGUGAAAGGGAAAAUGGUGUGUUUUAUCCAACUGCAGUGGGAGCUCUAA